GGACGCCAGGUGUCUUCUAUCCGUGUCCUCCGGGCGGGGCAGGCAGAACAUGGGGAUCGGGAACCCCUGGUCGGUCGGGGUGCUCGCUUUAGGCUGGGCUGUCGGCUUUUAGCAUCCCUGCUCUCCCCCUCCCCCGGUGCUGCGGAGCCUCUGGCUGCUGCCGUGCUCCUGCCAUGUGCUGCUGCUGCUAGUAGCUAGUCGAGCGUGGCUACGGCUGCCAACUCCGCCAAAGCAGCCUGCAUCCUCCUGCGGGGCCGGUGACCCAGAAGCGAUGAAAUUUCCAAUCGAGACUCCAAGAAAACAGGUGAACUGGGAUCCUCAAGUGGCUGUUCCCUCACCAGUGCCAGCUUGUGAACCUGAACCCAAAACAAACGGGCAUUACGCAUCUCCACGGCUCUCUGUUUCCUCCCGAGCAAUGGUUGUCGCUACCAUGGAAGCACCUUCUCAAGGCCUGCAGACAGUCAUGAAGUGGAAAACUGUGGUGGCCAUCUUUGUCGUGGUCGUGGUAUACCUGGUGGCUGGAGGACUCGUCUUCCGUGCCCUGGAGCAGCCCUUUGAGAGCAGGCAGAAGAAUACCAUCGCAUUGGAGAAGGCAGACUUUCUUCGGGAACAUGUUUGUGUAACCCAGUUAGAGCUGGAGACACUGAUUCAGCAUGCUAUUGAUGCAGAUAAUGCAGGAGUUAGUCCCAUAGGAAAUUCCUCUAACAACAGCAGUCAUUGGGACCUUGGAAGUGCCUUUUUCUUUGCUGGAACAGUCAUCACAACAAUAGGGUAUGGAAACAUUGCCCCAAGCACUGUUGGAGGCAAGGUUUUCUGCAUCUUGUAUGCCAUCUUUGGCAUUCCUCUAUUUGGCUUCUUGCUGGCUGGAAUUGGAGACCAACUUGGAACAAUCUUCGGGAAGAGUAUUGCAAGGGUGGAAAAAGUUUUCAGAAAAAAACAAGUGAGCCAAACAAAGAUCCGGGUGAUCUCUACCAUCCUCUUCAUCCUGGCUGGCUGCAUUGUCUUUGUGACCAUUCCUGCUGUUAUCUUCAAACACAUCGAAGGAUGGACAGCCUUGGAGUCCAUCUACUUUGUGGUUGUCACUCUGACUACUGUUGGUUUUGGUGACUUCGUAGCAGGAGGAAAUGCUGACAUCCAUUAUCGGGAGUGGUAUAAACCUUUAGUGUGGUUCUGGAUCCUUGUUGGCCUUGCCUAUUUUGCUGCUGUUUUGAGUAUGAUUGGAGACUGGUUAAGGGUCCUGUCCAAGAAGACAAAAGAAGAGGUUGGAGAAAUAAAAGCCCAUGCAGCUGAGUGGAAAGCAAACGUGACAGCUGAGUUCAGGGAGACACGGCGUCGGCUCAGUGUGGAGAUCCACGACAAACUUCAGAGGGCAGCCACUAUCCGGAGCAUGGAGCGCCGACGCCUGGGCCUGGACCAGCGAGCCCACUCCUUGGACAUGCUCUCUCCAGAGAAGCGCUCAGUCUUUACUGCCUUGGAAACAGGACGCUUCAAGGCCUCAUCUCAGGAAAGCAUCAACAACAGGCCUAACAACCUACGCCUUAAAGGGUCCGAUCAACUCCACAAGCAUGGGCAAGGGGCAUCUGAGGACAACAUCAUUAACAAAUUUGGAUCAUCUGCUAAGAUGACCAAAAGGAAAAACAAAGACCUCAAAAAGACCAUCCCUGAAGAUGUGCGUAAAAUUUACGAGACCUUCCGAAACUACUCCUUGGAUGAAGAAAAAAAGGAAGAAGAGACUGAGAAGAUGUGUAAUUCUGAGAACUCUUCUAGCACUACAGUUCUGACCAACUGCAUUCAGCAGCAGUCGGACCUGGAGAAUGGAGUGAUCCCCACUGAAACCAAAGAAAGGGAACAUGAAAACAAAGCAUUACUUGAAGACAGAAAUUAAAUGUAAAAGAUGCUUGACUUGAAUUAACAAUGUUAGUGUUUUUAUAUACAUAUAUAUAUUGAGACACGUGCCUUAUACAGACUCCUUAUUCAGUCUGAAUUAUAUAGCAUCGAAGAAUAUUUCACUGUGCCAUAAAGACUCAAGCUUGCUCUGCCAAAACAAAUCAGGAACACAGCACUGAAGAAUGGCAACAGAAAGCUACGCACAUGGAAAUUUCAGCCUGUAUUAGAUUACCAGGGCAAGACACAAAGGAAGAGACUGAACUAUGGCAAUGCCACCAGAGUGCUAUGACCAUGGCUUAAUAUUAGACAAAUUCUUACAUAUUAAUGUAAGAAGAGCCUUUGAAAGGGAUGAAAAGGAGCGUAUCUUUGUAAUGGAGUAUGUAUUCAUUAAGCCUUUCCCUGGUGACUAAGAAGAGGAGAAAUGAUUGGAGCAAACUAGAAACUUUCAGUAAGGCUUAGUUUACGUUUUGGCACGUGAUCCAAGCUAGAUUUUUUUUUCCAUUUUUGAAUCAGAUGCAUUAUCUUUCUAAACUCCAAAAGAAUGUCAAAGGAUGCGGCCACCAGCUGGAUGCUGGUUUGAAAAAUCAACACAGACAUAUUUAAGGGUCAGAUUACUUUUUUUCAUUAAAAAAGGAAAAACAAAGAAACAAAACAAACAACUCUGUGGGUAUUUAUCUUAACCAGUAAUGCAGCGAUUUAAAAAAAAAAAGAAAGGAGAAGGAAAGAAAAUAAAUGGAUCUUUUUCUCCUAUAGGAAGUAUUCAGUGUAAACUCACAGCACGAAAGUGUAAUGAAGAAACUGCAACAUCUAGAGCUAUGUUGUUUAAAAGAAGAGAAAUAUUCAUUUAAUGAUAUUUGGCUAAGUGUAUAAAACAGUGGGCCAAUUGCUUUUUUAAAAAGGAAUUUCUCUUUCACACUUUCUACCACUGAAAUAAACUUCAAUUUUAAUGCUGUAAGACUAUGAAGACAGAAGGAAAGCUAAAGCUUCUGCAUGUCAGCAAACUGCUGUUCUCUGUAGCUGAAUCUGAAUUUUUAAAAAUAGACAUAAGAGCGUAUACAUUAUUCAAAUGAGGGCCAGGGAAAAUGUAGAAUCUCAGGGCUCUAUGCCCCCUUUGCUAGGUUUGAAUUUAGACUUGAGCUGCAGGCGUAAUCUCAAAAAAAAAAAAAAAAAAAAAAAGAAGAAGAAGAAGAAAAGAAGAAAAAGAAAAGAAGAAAUUGAAGAAAUUUAGGAAAAUAAGUUGAGAAAAAUAUGGUGGUAAUCUUUUAAGUGCUUAGAGCUUUAAGUGCCAUUAAUGCUGUCAUAUUUUGUAACUUUUUAAACAAGUAUUUUGAAUUAUUUGUUUUAUUUCCUUCCAGGUAUGAUUUUGUUUGACAUUUGCUAUCUCUUUUCUUGAUGAAUUGAAACAUAAGCACUCUGCAUUCCUAAGCAAAAGUGAAACAUAACCAAACUGUGGGCAUUUAAAAAAAAAAACAAAAAACCAUGUUUGCUGUCUGGACAUAUCUGAGAAACACAAAUGUCCCUAGACUUAAUAGUAAUUAUUCAAACAAAAGGCUGCAAAAUAACUGGUAGGAAUUACCAAAAAAACACUUAAUAUUGGUAGUCUUAGCCUGUGGGCUACUGUGCUUGCCACUGCAGAUAGAUGAUUUUGCAUGUUGGAGAUGAAAUACAUGAUUGCACCAGCAGUGCUUCCCCUGAGCCUUCUCCAAGUCCUAAAUAGUCCUGCAAUUUAAGCUGUAGGCUUAUAGGUAUAAGGGUAAGCAUUCCUAGUCACACAUACCACCACUGGCAGGUCACACAGACACAUGAUUUUGGAACUGCAUGCCCAUAUCUGAAUACACAAAAUGCGUGCUCCAUUUUCUGUUUUAGUUCCCGGGAUUCUGUGCAUAAUGAAUCACCCCAAAAUCCAACUGGCCACCUAAAUAUGAUCGCCAUAGCUGUGAAUAGAAGCAUGGCAAUGUAAAUGCAAAUUCUGAGUAUGCGUAUUUGUUUAUCUGAUUGGCUCUUCACCAUUUGCAGGAGUGAGGCAAGUAUCACAAGUGCAGGGGAGGAAAGAAGUUCUUAGUAUGUUCUGUCUGCUGUUUCACUUCACUUGAAAUAUCAUCUUUGUAAUUCCAUUAACUGUCCAAACAAUAAGGAUAAAAAAACAAUGUUUGAAAAUUUUCAGGUCAAUUGGGAUUGCUUUAACUCGAUAAGAUUCAACAAAAUUGCAUUCUGCUUGGGUCACUGAUUAAUCUCUUAGGGUGUAGAGCUGUGUUCUGGCUUCAGCUUGCUGGAGGCAGGAUGGUGAGCCUGGUUUGCUGGGAAGUUUCAGUUGUCUCCACAGCUGCUCUUGCUGCUGGAGGCUUUGAUGCCACAUGGUGUUAUGCUCUGCUGUACUGUGAUAUGGAUAGCAGCUCAUGGCCACCCUUGCAUCCUGUCUUCCUCAGGCUGCAACAGGACCAGCAAGGAAGCAGGUCGGUCCAAGGUGUGAACCCUCUGGGCUUACUGGCACACCUGAGUGAAAUAGGGUCUCCAGCACCACACAAAAGCAAAUCUUAGAAUCAUAGAAUGGGAAUUGUUUAGGUUGGAAGAGAUUUCUAAUGAUCAUCAUGUCCAAUCAUUAACCCAGCACUGCCAAAUGUACCACUGAACCAUAUCUACUAAUCUUUCAAAUACCUCCAGGGAGGGUGGCUCAGCUACUCCUUUAGGCAGCCUGUUUUAAUACUUCAAACCCUUCCAGUGAAUAAUUUUUUUCCUGAUAUUCAAUCUAAACCUCCCCUGGCAUGAGUUGAGGCCAUUUCCUCUUGUCCUGUCACUUGUUAGGGAGAACAGACCGAUGUCCACCACAAUACAGCCUCCUUUCAGGGAGUUGUAGAGAUCCAUAAGGUCUUCCCUGAGCCUCGUUUAGACCAAAUAAUCCCAGUUCCCUCAGCCACUCCUCAGAACACUCAUGCUCCAGACCCCUCACCAUCUUCCCUGUCCUUCUUUAGAAACUCUCCAGGACCUCGAUGUCUUUCUUGUAGUAAGGGGUUCAAAGGUGAUCACAGAAUUUGAGGUGCAGCCUCACAAUUGCCAAGCACAUGGAGAUGAUCACUUCACUGUUCCUGCUGGCAACGCUAUUUCUGAUACAAGCGGAUGCCACUGGCCUUGGCCACCUGAAAGCACUGCUGGAUCAUGUUCAGCCAGCUAUUGACCACCAGCCCUAGGUCCUUUCCUGCCAGGUUACAUUGUAUUGCACUUCACUCAUACAGAGGAUCAGGCACACAAGAGCAACUCAUCUGAACCAGAAAGCCUACAAUACAUGCAGAUUGUGCUAACAAUUCUCCUUGGCUGUCAAAUGCCUAAAACAACAUUGUGCGUGUUGUUUUACUUGUUCCUCAGCUGAGCUAUGCUCACAAGAAAUGCUUUCCUUCAAUGGAGAAGAAGUCCUGUUCAGAUGCACAGUCAGCUAAGGAUAGGUAAGGAUAUAUGAGAUGCUUUUCCUCUGUGUGAAAAAUAAAGCUUAGUCAUAGGUAGUGCAUUUCUGCAAGUAACACAGAAGCUGUCAUCUGAUAGAACUUGUCUAUGUGAGUUAGAGGGCAAAUCACGGAAAACACACCAGCAUGGACAAAGAGGCUGAAGAAGCAGUGUUCAGUGGCCAGAUUCAGAAGUGAUUGCUCUGAUGAGAUAAUGUGCGUAUUUUUCAUCUCUAAAUUUUCUGGGUUCUUUGUCUAUCCUGUCCAGAUUCUAGCUGAUGGUUUCUGUGGCUCACUUGAGUUUCUGCCUGGCUAUGAUAUGCACAAGUCUCUGGCUAACGUUUUAUCAGACCGUGUCUUCAGCAACUUCUAGUUCAAGAUGUGAUUGUUUCAGGGACAAAGGGUGAUGCUAAAUAAACUCCUAGUGAGAUAUGAAACAGAGCAGUGGAUGACCUUUUACAUGAAAGUUAGAUACUCCCAUCCCUUUUUCUGUGUCUGUGAAACAUGCUGAAUAAGCUCUCCACCUACUACUGGAGUAAAUAUUUUCUCCCAUGUGAUUGCUUGUUGGAUGCCUCAGUACAGAUCCAUUAACAAUGUUGGAAGUGAAAAAGGUGUAUUGUAUAGGGAGGCAGGUAAAUGUUUGAAAACUAAAAUGAUAAUGUCUUAAAUUGCUUCUCCCCUUGCAAAGGCCACCUCUUGGUUUUAAUUGUAUAUAGCAGCUUGGGAGAAAGUCUCAUUUCAAACAUCAAGUGUUUCUGUGGUUAAAAUUCUUAUCCUUUUGCAUUUAAUAAUACUUAGAAAAAGGUCUAAUAUUACUUCUGAGGCUGAUCUGCCAUUAUUACAAGUUUAGCAUAAGUCUGAACCAUAUCUAAAUCUUUUUGCUCUUAACUACAACCUUUCACAACAGCCUAAAAAUAAAAUCAAGCAAAAGGGCGAUGUAUUGACUUAAACUGUCAGAUCCUGCACUGAGCAUAAUGUGACUUGACGUGGGAACUAGAACCUGAAAGAACAAAGGAAACAUGGAUUCUGUGUAGUUCUAGUCCUCACACAUAGAGGUGGACUUACCUGUCUGUUUUCCUACAACUUUCAGCUCUGCAAUCCUGUUCUCUUCUGUCUUGUGUGAAAGAAUUCUGGCAUGCUCCUUUGGGAAUCCUCUUGAACCAUCACUGAACUUGUGCAGAUUUUGCAUGAGUAGUUAUGGAAAGAUUUAUAACUUCAUCCUUCUGACAGUCUAUGAAUUUCAUCUUCCUUUCACAAAGAACAUUAUUUCUAAUAAACAUGUUAUUGGAAAUAAUAAUAUAUAAAAAACCCAGUGAUUCAUAUUAAUGAAAUCUGAUUUUGGUUGUUGCUGUGAAAUUAUAAAUCAUCUGAGCUUUUGCUGUCUGGUUUUAUGAUGUCUCUAGUAGAAGUCUGCUUCUUCCAAUGCCAAUAAUGGGCUAUGCCAGAGUCUUUCUGCAAAAUUCUCCACAAUCCACAAUGAACAAAACUAUGUCUGUGAGUACAGGAUGUUAAAAAUCCUGUAUUUAAGAAACCUCUCUCUCUCUUUUUUUUUUUUUUUCCCUGAAGAAUUUGUGUUUAUGCUGUACAUGGGCUGUUCGUUUGCCAGCUUUGGUUUCUCAGGGGCUUACUUAUGUUGUCAGGCAGCAUGAUGUCUGCUAGUCUCACUUUUCCCAUCAUCCACUGAAAAUAAAUAAGAGGUAAAAACUGAGCUUUAUUUUAUACUGCAUACUAAACUAGAACAAGAAGUCUUCUACUAAAAAGAUGUGAAUUAAAAGGGUGACUGGGAUGUGCUUCAGUCCUUUCUAUACAUCUGUAUGUUCUAAACUAUGCUUUGUCUAAUCUAAGGCCAGAAUCUGCUCCCAUCAAAGUCAGUGCACUAAAGCAGAGCUAGUGUGUUAUUUUUAAGCAUUUAUUUUGAAGAUUUGCAGUUUUAUCUCUAAAGUACCACUCAAACCUACUGAAAUGGCAUUAUAUCGAUAUUAAAUACAAAUAAGCCUAGCUUCAGAAAUGCUUCUCUAGGCAAUCAAAUAUCAAUGAAAACACAAAUGUCAAUUAACGCAAAUCUGUGGAACUCAAAUAGAGAUUUGUAGAUCAACGUAUGCAACUAGUUUCCUGAAAUAUCACAAAAAUGCAGAUUUGGAAGUUGCUUUGGGUAGCCUAAUUCCUCCCAGCGUCUCCAUCUUCUUUCCUACCAGUAGCAGUUAGUCUCUUUAAUAACACUGAUGAUCUGGAAUGAAAUAUUUUCUUCCUGCCAACACAACUGAAGUACAUAAUGAUGUUAGACCACGUUGACUCAUGCUGCUGAAAUCAAACACUAAGAUAAAGUAGUUGCAAAAGGUAAUUUGAGAUUAUGCUAAUGAAGACAACACAUACUCCAGGUGCUGGAUCGUGCUGGGUUGAAUAUGUCAGUCUAAAGGCAGGUCUUGUCCACAGUGCUGGUGAGUACUAUGUAAUGGUUGAAAAAAGACCCCAUACAAUUAUGUGCUCAUGCCUGUCCUUCACAUGACACAUACGAUCUGAUCUUGCACACACAUUUAGCAGCGAUGCCUCCCAUUCCAUACAGGUAGCUGUGGCUUCUUGUGCUCCCUUACAUCUGCAUGCAAGUCACAUCUCAGCCCUCCACUAGGAAAUACCAGUUCUGCUUUUGGGGAAAGGAGACAUCUCUCUAGCAGGUGCUCCUCUAAGGCAAAUAGGUUUCUCUUUUUUUGGCUGAAACUCCAUGAGAGCAAAUUACAGACAAGUAAUAUGUGGCACGUAAGAUAAUAGUUUAGCCUCCCAAAUAUAUUCCACCCACACACUCUUUCUCCUUGUGAGAGCUGGAUGUUUAAAAAGAAAAUCUUACAGUGUCAGUUGUGAGAUAUAAACCAAACAGACCAGCCUUCCUCCUACCAUUAAGCAGUUUCCCAGAUCCUGGAGUCAUGUAGGAACUAUUAUUAGAAAAAAAGCAGGAUUUGUGUCUGGAUCACAGCUUUGCAACAAUUUGGAGUUUUUCAGACCAGUGUUCCAAAGUAGUUUUAGACUUAUUUUUUUCUAAGCUCUAAUAGAAUUUGAUCUGGAUCUUGUAGACCAAUCUGAGAAACCACGAUUAGUCCUUUUCAGCCCUACAUUAAAAAAAAAAAAAAAGAAGAAAACCUUUCCUAAAAUUCGGGGAACCAUUUUGGUGGGAUGCUGAUGCUUUUUUUUUUUUUCCUGAUCAAUUUCAGACUGUAUUAUAAGCAUUUGGUUAAUCUUCUUGCAAAGAUGUUCUGUCUACUCUUUCUCUCUGUAAGAUUUUAUGGUGCUUUAGGAAGGCAUUUUCAGAAAAGGGACAAUUUCAUAAAUGUCAUUACCAGGGUACAGAGCAGAACGUGCUUGUACCAACUUGAUAAGUUUUGCUGCUAUUCUCUUUAUUCUAUGAUGUAAUGUUUUUCAAAGAUUAAAAAAAUGCCACAAAGACCUUCUGGAUGAUGAAAAAA